GCGUGCGCAGUGCGCAGCGCUUUCAGGAGCUUGGAGCCGUCAGGGCGCCCGCGAUCUCGCGAUCCUGUAGCGCGGCCGCUUUCCUUCUCUUUCUGGGACCUGAGCGUCCCGGGCUGCGCGGGCAAACGGCAUGGCUGAAAACCGAGAGCCCCGCGGGGCGGUCGAGGCUGAGCUGGACCCGGUGGAGUAUACCCUUCGGAAGCGGCUUCCCCACCGCCUGCCCCGAAGGCCCAAUGACAUUUAUGUCAACAUGAAGACUGACUUUAAGGCUCAGCUGGCCCGCUGCCAGAAGCUUCUGGACGGAGGGGCUCGGGGUCAGAACUCAUGCAGUGAGAUCUACAUUCAUGGCUUGGGCCUGGCCAUCAACCGUGCCAUCAACAUUGCCCUACAGCUUCAAGCGGGCAGCUUCGGGUCCUUGCAGGUGGCUGCCAAUACCUCCACUGUGGAGCUCGUUGAUGAGCUGGAACCAGAGACUGACACACGAGAGCCACUGACCCGCAUCCGCAACAACUCGGCCAUCCACAUCCGUGUCUUCAGGGUUACCCCCAAGUAAUCGAAAUGAGGGUGGGCACCUUAUCCACCCACCCCCACAUAGGUAGGCUCAGAUAUUGGCUCUUCUUGUACUGAAUACAGUCAUGGACCUCCUACCAGAGCCACAUAAGAAAAUCCCUGUUACCUUACAGCCCAGAGGACUCUGAAUGGAGAAGAAGAGUAUUGUCUCUUGUUGGGCCCAAGCAGUGGGUCUUCCUGAGUCUGUGAUCUGUAACCAUUGUCAGAGACAAUAAAAACUACCCAGCUGUGUUAGUAUGCAGCCACCCCA